GUCAGCGGGCUCCUCCGUCGGCCGCUCCUCGCACUUCGGGACAGUAGGGGCGGGGGCUCUCUUCCGCUCCUCACCUGAAACGCACGCAGCAGCAGCCGUCAGCCCGCCUCUCCGCGGGCCCGGGGCUGUGGCCUGGCGCGGGACGGGGACCAGCGCAGCGGCGCCUUUACCUCUCCGGGGCUUGGCUUUGCUUUUGCACAGUCCCAUGGGUGCGCCCGCUGCCGGCCCCGCCCCCGCGGCCCCGCCCCACGCGACCGCCGCUGACUCACAAACGCGGCCGGGCGGGGCGCGGGUCGCCACGGCAACCACCUCUCGCGAGAGCGGCCGCGAGACCGGAAGCGGGUGGCGACCCGGAAGUCCCCGCGGGCGGAGCUGGUGGGUUCGAUCGCCGCUGGAGCCUGACGCCGCCCGGGAUUCGCGUCCUCUCCGCCUUUCCGAGGGGCGCCGCCGCCGGACCGCCAUGGACGAUACCCUGUUCCAGCUAAAGUUCACAGCAAAGCAGCUGGAGAAGCUGGCCAAGAAGGCGGAGAAGGACUCCAAGGCAGAGCAGGCCAAAGUGAAGAAGGCACUUCAGCAGAAAAAUGUGGAGUGUGCCCGUGUAUAUGCGGAGAACGCCAUCCGCAAGAAGAACGAAGGCGUGAACUGGCUCCGCAUGGCAUCCCGCGUGGACGCAGUGGCCUCCAAGGUCCAGACAGCCGUGACCAUGAAGGGGGUGACCAAGAACAUGGCACAGGUGACCAAAGCCCUGGACAAGGCCCUGAGUACCAUGGACUUGCAGAAGGUGUCUGCGGUGAUGGACAGGUUCGAGCAGCAGGUGCAGAACCUGGAUGUGCACACGUCGGUGAUGGAGGACUCCAUGAGCUCGGCCACCACGCUGACCACGCCUCAGGAGCAGGUGGACAGCCUCAUCGUACAGAUCGCUGAGGAGAAUGGCCUGGAGGUCCUGGACCAGCUCAGCCAGUUGCCUGAGGGCGCCUCUGCUGUGGGCGAGAGCUCUGUGCGCAGCCAGGAGGACCAACUGUCACGGAGGUUGGCUGCCUUGAGGAACUAGCUGUGCCCCCACCUCCUCUGCCCUGCGUGUGCUGGGGCUCCCACCACCCCCCACUUGCCUUUCUGCUGACCCUGCAGAGCUGCAGCUGGCAGCCGCCAUCUCUUGGCUCCUCUCACCUGCCAAGCCUGGUGGCCUCAGAAUUGUUCCUGUUCUCUCAGAGCGUUCAGACCCUGAGUACAGCGGACGUGCUACUCACUGGCAGUCAGUGGGGUCAGCAGUUCCUGGAGGCCUCUCCCCCGACUCAGCAGGCAGGGGAUUCCCUAUGCCUGGAUGGACGCAGCCCCAAGGAUGUGCCAAGGGUGUCCCGUGCCACCCAGAGCUGCCCCAGUGGCCUUUACAGACAAUGACCUUCCUCCCCCUCCUCCAUUGUUCCAGGGGUGGGAUCUUAGCCACUCUUUCCGGCCUCUGAGCCCCGUUCAGCCUCCUUGGUUCCUAAAGUCGCCCUGUCCAUGGACAGAACCAUUGACCAGCUCCAAGGCUGGGUGUGCCCAACCUGGGGUGCUCAUCCCCCUCACUGUCACCUCUGGGGUGUCUUGCCGCUGGGCUCUGCUGCUGUGUCUUUCAGCAGGGAGUCUGCCCAUGCCACGGACUGGAAUCUGAGUGUCUGCAGCUCCCCUGGCAGCAUGGCGUCGUUCUGUGCAAGGGCCUCUCUGUAGGGCCUCUUGCUGCUCAGGGGCAGCACGGCCUGCGUGUUGCUCUCUCCUGUCACUGUAGGUUACCGGGUGCCUCCCCCUGGCUGCUCCCUUCCGCCUUCUCAGCUUGUAGGCCAAAGUGGCUGGUGAAGGAGCUGGGGAUAGUCGCCCUGGCCAAGGCCGGCAGUGGCCAUAUUUUGAGGAAAACCUGCCACUUGUGGCCACCGUGGGGAAGCCAGCAGGGGGUUCGUGAGGCCUGCUGGGGUGGCCUGGGGGAGGGGUUUGGAUGCAAGCUGCUGUUUUUGUUUUUUUGUUUCCUAAAGUUUACUUCAUUUUCUGGAAGCUUCCAGGAUUUUUUUGGUUUUUUGUCAAAGUAGAAAGAGCUGCUGCAGAUGGGGAGCGUGGGUGGGGUCCUAGCCCCCUUCUCAGUGCAGCGCCACACACUGUCCUCACACUGACAGCACAUGUGUGUUGUGGCUCUUAGUACAGAAGUGUGGAGACCUCUACCUUGACUCACUGCGUUUAGUUCUCUUCAGGACUUGGGAGCCCCUGGGUGUCUGUGCAAUGAGUUGGUGCCAGGGGGUAGGAGCAGCAUUGGUGGAUCCUGGGCCUGGGGGAGUUGAGGCACUGUCUGGGCGUGCUCCCCUCUGGUCUCCAAAAUCGACCCAUAUGCUGGAUGUUGAGAGAAGGUCCUGACAUCCUUCAUGGGGAAUAGCUUUGGGGAGCUUCCUUGUUUCUGGGGUGAGUGUCUUCUUGGGGGCUGGGGCAAAGGCUCAACGGGUGAGCAUGUUUGCCUUUUUCCUAAAAUGCUGUUGUAAGUAAACAAAUUGGUCCCUGAAAA